UCUAUGUACACGUCUAUUCAACGUACUUCACCAAGAUGUCUGGAAACCAGUUCCUCGAACGAAACACUCGAAGCCCCUCCGUGUUCGACAUAAGUGAAACCGAUGAGUCAGACGACGGCGACUCUUCCCCGCAAAGCAGGUCGGCUGCCAACCAGGACGAUGUGUGGAUGAGUCGGCUAUCGGAGCCUCCCGACCCAGAAUACAAUGAUCCACAGCCCGCUCAUGUGCCCUACUCAGUGGAGUGGAAAUUGACUGCCAACAACCGAAUGGUCACCAAAGACUCCGAACAAACAAUUGUUGUCCCGCCCGAUGUUUUCUGGAAGACGCGCUUGAGAGCCAAGCUGAGGGCCCUUCUCGACAGAAAGCUGCCAUCGACCAAGACCUUUGAAGCUGUAGAUACCGACGUCGUCGUGUCUGUCACCGACCGCUCACAGCGCGACCUUGUCAAGCGGUUUGAUGAGCUUGACGUUGACUGGGCAAUGUUAGAGGCACAACUGCAGAGGUGGAGUCAUUUGACCCGCCUCGGUAAGAGUCUGAGAAUCGACCUCUCGUUCAACUAUAAGCAGACACGUCUCUCUAGCGAUAGAUCGGCUCGACAAGGUACUAAGCGAGGACGCCAAUCGGUCUCUGAUCAGAUGCUGUCCGACAGAGACUUGCAACUUAGUGCCGAGCAGUCGAGCGAUGGUCUGCCGUCGGUCUGGCCAGAAGUGUACAAUUUGAUGCGAUGCACAGGGCCACCUUGUCGCGCCGGGUCCUACUGCUGGCGCGAUUCAACCACCAGCAGACACUAUCGACUGAAGACACAACCUCCACGAAACAUCUCUCCAGCUUGGCACGGGCUGUUACAUGUGGAACAUGGCGGCGUACUGCAGGGUCACGACGACGUACCCCAAUUUCUUCGACAUCAGCUAUACGCCGAAGAACAGCAAGAGCGAGAUCGCCAACGUAAGCGGACGAUGUCGUCUGUUGCCAGCAACUCAACCACCCAAACCAAUGAACCCUCGUUGCAGUCGCUUCAGGCCCAUUCCAUCUCGCCGUCGGCUUCAAUGACUACGGCAACUGUGCUAUCUAGUCUUCCUAACGGUCUCGACGUCCCUGGACUACGCGACUAUGCGCUGAGAGAGUAUAGCGACUGGCAAUGCUCCAAGGUUCGUGGUGAGGACCUCAAGAUGGAGUUCAGGAAGGCCUGUGACCUGGCUCUCAAGGACGGCCUCGACCUCGAGCUGAUACACAAAGACCCAGAUCCUAACGUCUUCAUUGAGGGGGGUGUAAGAAGGGGAAUCGCAAUGAGAUUUGUCGGUGAUGUCGAGGAUUGGGUCAAAUAUUACAGCCAUGAUUAAAGUCUACUACUUCUGCGUUCUUCACAUCGCUAUGGUUCCUCUAUCUUAUGCCCAGCGUUCCGGAAAUGACCCUAACAUACUGGCAACUACAAACACCUACUAGGUGAUGGUUGAAAUCCUCACCAAAUGGAAAAGUGGGGGGUGACAUGCAUGGGG